AUGGCUGAGUUCGGUCGAGAGGAAGGGAAUGCAAGCGCCACUCCUCUCCACUCAAGAGCUAGUGUGGGAGAAGGGUCAGAUCAGCAUCAUUGCUCACAUGCUAUUAUUGCUGUUUUGAAACCUCUGCAUUAUAAGUCCUUUAUUACAAGAAAGCGAACAAUUAUACUGAUUGCCUUUCCUUAGAUACUUCGUUUUUACCUAGCAACAUCUCCUCUCACUUUUAGAGAGAUCGCACCUUAGUAUAAUUCAUGCAGCAGAAUGUGCAAUUACAUGUAGGACACCAUUGCGUUUCUUUCUUGACCAUGGCAUAUUCUUCCAACAUUCGAUUUUACGUUCCUUGGAGGGACUAGUGUUAUAAAUAUAGUCAUAUUAACAACAAUUCAUCACCACUCAAAGAGAAGGAAGAAUCUUACUGAAGCUGUUGAAGACUGUUAAAGCCCAUCAAAACAAACAUUUUCUGAAGAGGCUGCAAAGACUAUAGGGGCACUAGGGUCUUUUACUCCUAUGGCAGUAGCAGGAAACUUUGUAGUCGGAAACGUUAUUGGAAAUGAAUGGUGCAAUUUUUCAUUAUAUGCCUUUUGGAUUUUGACCACAAAUAGCUGUUGGAAUUUUAUGUUUUCUUGUAAGAGACCAAAAUAUAUUCAGAUAUAG